AUGCCUGCUUUCUAUCGCGACGCUACGCCGUUCUAUCAGCGCGAUGUACACACUCCUUCUUCCAUCUCUCAUACUCACGGCAUCAAACUUGUUACGACGCCGGCGAUAUCGCCUUCAUCCGACAAUUAUUCUAUCAUUACGACUCCAGGCUCUCCACCUGGCCUCUCUCUAGCAUCCCUGGGCUCUUCACCAAGUCUCUCUUCGCUGGACAUCAACGAUUCCAUCAAAUCGUUCGAUGAACUCGAAUAUCCAUCGUCAGAGACUGACGAAUCUCCUGACGAGGGGGAGACGACGCAGGCUACAUGCAACGCCGUUGUUCCGGCUCCUACUCCUGGAACGGCUCUUGCAUACAUCACCGAUCUCCUGCGACAACUACAGGAGUCUCGCGAUCGAUCUUCUUCGUCCGGCACAUCACCCGAG